AUGUUGAGACAAGCAUUGAAGACCGUUCCUAGAGUGCAAGUGAGACACUCCUCUGCACUGUCACAGGCGACAGUGUCGAACAUACAACUUAGAUGGGAGAAGCUUCCAGAAGAGGACAGAAAGGAAGUGAUCGAGGCUCUUGCCGAGAGACAAAAAUUGCCAUGGACUCAGCUGACCCCAGAAGAGAAGAAGGCAGCUUUCUACGUUUCGUUCGGUGAGUGGGGACCAAGAAAGCCUAUCCACUCCGCUGAAGACGUCAGAUUCAUUUUCUGGGGUACCGUCAUUGGUAUCUCUAUCACCGCCGCAGGUUUCUUCUACUACAGAUCAAAGAGAUACAUUCCAAAGACGAUGAACAGAGAAUGGCAAGAGAUGUCCGACGAGUACCUGAAAUCGAAGAACGCCAACCCAUUCAGCGGAUACUCUCAAGUUCAAUCCAAAUAA